GUAUGGCGGCGGCCAUGGCGAGCGCGGCGGAGCGAGCGGUGCUGGAAGAAGAGUUUAAAUGGCUUUUACAAGAAGAGGUCCAUGCUGUUUUGAGGCAGCUGCAGGAUAUUUUGAAGGAGGCCUCCCACCGCUUCGCUUUGCCCUCCAGUGGCUCGGGAGCAGCUGUCAGGCAGGAGAGUUUCGUACUGAACACAUCAGGCACAGACCAGGUGAAAGGUGUGUUGACACUGCAGGGAGAUGCCCUGUGUCAAGCUGAUGUUAAUCUGAAAAUGCCCAGGAACAAUCAGCUCCUUCACUUUGCAUUCCGGGAAGACAAACAGUGGAAAUUGCAGCAGAUCCAGGAUGCCAGAAACCAUGUGAACCAAGCUAUUUACCUGCUUAUGAACCGCGAUGUGAACUACCAGUUCAAAACAGGCUCAGAGGUGCUCAAGCUUAUGGAUGCUGUGAUGUUGCAGCUCUCCAGAGCCCGAAAUCGGCUGACCACUCCAGCUACCCUGACACUACCAGAAAUUGCCUCUAGCGGCCUCACAAAAAUGUUCACCCCUGCGCUGCCUCCAGACAUCCUUGUGAAUUUCUAUAUUAACCUGAACAAGCUGUGCCUCACUGUGUACCAGCUCCACAUGCUACAGCCCAGCACAACCAAGAACUUCAAGCCUGCUGGAGGGUCCAUUUUACACAACCCUGGGGCCAUGUUUGAGUUUGGCAGCCAGCGCUAUGAAGUCAGCCAUGUCCAUAAAGUGGAAUGUGUUGUCCCGUGGUUAAAUGAUGCCCUUGUCUUCUUCACAGUUUCACUGCAGCUUUGCCAACAGCUGAAGGACAAGAUCUCUGUUUUCUCCAGUUACUGGAACUACAGGCCAUAUUAACUCUCUGGAAUAGUUCAAGCCCUUACAGUACUUCAGUGUCUCUCUCGUCGUUUUCUCAUCCCAGCUGAGUCCAGGUCAGCCUGAGGAGUGUUGGGGCUCACUGCCAGAUGCCCUCCAAAGGGCAGGGUCAGUGUACCCAGAGACACAGCUUUAGUAGCCUUGUCUGGGACUGCUGCAUAAGCAGGGCACAAAGCAAUGCUGAGCAGUUGAAGCUUCCACCUGUCCCUGUCCUCUUGUGCGUUGUGUGGCUCACACUUCCCAAGCCCCUGAUGAGUUACACGGGUCUGUUACAAAGGAAGGGGGCUCUGGACCACCCUCACUAACUGGAUCUGUGCACAGUGCUGGAACUUAACUGCUGGACUUGGGGGAUGGGUGGGAAGGGGGGAAGACAGACUAAUUUAACACACCUCAUAAAAGGUAGGGCCAUGUAGUGAAGUGCAUUGCUCUGAUCUGCUCCAGCUGUCGUUAUGACUAACCCUGAGUGACUCCCUCUCCUGCUGGUUCUGUCCAUCCCCAUGUUACUGAUUCCCCUUUGAGGAUGCUCUGACUUGCUGAUGUUUGAACUCUUUUUCCCUGGCGUCAAUGUGAUUUUUUUCCCCUAAGCCCUAGUUGGGCUCAUUGGUCUUUUCCAGGUUUAGUAUCUUGUUUUCGCUGCUAGCCUUUGGAGUUGCCUUGGUACCUUGAGCACAGCUGUUCAGUCUCUCAUCCUGUCAUUAAAUCCAAAGUGAGUACCACACUGCUACACUGAUUUGCUGCCUAUGGAUGCCACAGUGUGUAACUCAUCCCUUUAGCCACUGAUAACUGAAAUAAAGACCCUCAGACCUGCAGUCCUCCUGUGGACUGUGAAAGAA